UGUUCGUUGCUCCGGCUUGCUUCAAAGAAUACACCUUUAGACGUCAGUUUGAAAGUAUACUUACGCUCGUCCGGACGCCGGCUAUCGUAAGACCCGACGCGCACUCUUCGGCUACAGUUCCAAAUUUAAAAUUUUAUUUUUUUAAUUUUUUUAUUAGUGGACAGUGUGGACUGAAUAAAACUGUUUUGUGAUUUUGACUUUUGAUUGGAUCAACUAUUGGACACUGAUUGGAUUGUUAAUUAUACGCAAAAUAAUGCACAGCCAGUAAUGGAUCCCCUCACUUGGUUGUCGUUGGGGCUGCAGCUAGCAGCUCUGUGCUCGAUCGUGGGCGCGUUGCUUCUCUACCUGCUGAGGAAGGUGAAGGUUGGGGAGGUGCUGCCGGUGGACAGCGCGAAGACGGUGCUCGUCACCUCGGUGGAUUCGGCACUUGGACUACAGAUCGCGACAUACCUCAGCAGCCGCGGCUGGCGGGUGAUAGCGGGUUGCCGGCAAGGCGGGCUUGGCGCGCGGCUCGCGGAAUCCUGGCUGCAGAACCACGUCGCGGCUACGCCGGAGGACCAGCCGCCGCCGAGACUGGCCACACUCGAGCUGGAUGUGGCUAGAGAGGAUCUGUUGGAAGAAGCUGCGAGAGCGACUGCACAGCACUUGCCGGCUGGUGAACAUGGUGUAUGGGCAGUAAUAAACACAGCUGGCAGCAGCGGGCGCGGCGGCGCGGCAUGCUGGGAAGCCGCGCUGCGAGGCAACGUGCUCGGAGCGCUACGAGUCGCGAGGACGUUCGCGCCUCUGCUCGCUGCUGCGGCGGCUGACCAUCCUUAUGCGGGCAGAUUGUUUUAUAUAGGGCUAACAUCAGAUACGGCAUGUGAGAGCCUCUCCCGUAUGGAAGGUUCAGGCGAGAGCUUUGCGGGCGCAGCAGCCGUCCGCUGGGGCACCUGGGGGGUGGCACGCGCUCUACGAGCCUCGCUACGGGCCAGCCGCUUGCACGUCGUUCUGCUACACGCACCCGAUCUAUCCGCUACGGAGAUAUACUCGCCGCCCGCGCUCUUGACUCCUUCUAGUCAACCCGCCAGCCGCCCAGAAACCCCAAGUUCCGAUGUAAGUUCAACAACAGCGACUUGCGCAGUCACGAUGCCGGGAGAAGCAGCGGAAUACAGCGCUAAGGUUCUCCCCACCGCAGCCCUAAAGGUUCUAGAAGACGCCCUCACCUGUCCCUCCCCGAGAGACUCCUACUAUCUGAAGAUGAAACAAGAUUCAUGGUUCACAAGAAUGCCGUCUUUGAGAGUCGCGGCAUGAACAUUUAAUUCAUUACUUUGAUUGGUGGACGAUCUUGAUGCAAAUUGUUUAAAUUCCGAAUAUUUUAGCCCAAAUUGGAACUUAGUUCAACGACCGCCUCCAGGACAAAAAACACACUUUAUUAUCUGUAUUUGGAUAUAUUUUUAGAUAUCUACAUAUUGUAAAUAUAGCCUUUUAAUGGAAGAAAUACUUACAGUAAUUAAUAUUCGUAUAAAGUAUAAUAUAUUAAGAGGUUAUAUAAACGGAAUUACUCUUUCAGUCUUAACAAUAUAGUUUGGUUGAUAAAAUACGUUACUUGAAGUCACAACUAAAUGCGCCUAUAUACUUAAGAAUAUUAUUAUUAGCACACUUUUUUCAAUACAACGGAGAUAAACUAAAACCUAAUGUC